AUGCCAGCGGAACCCGAAAAUCGUCCAACUUCCCCUGAAGUAAACGUUUGAGCUCUAAAAUUUGAAACUGUUGAGUUUAGAAUGCUGAUCCGGACCACGAGAGAGUUGAAAAUGAGCAAGUCGACGAUGCGAACCAGUUGAACGAAGCUCUGGUGAGUUUUUGCACAUUUUUCGCCCAAGAAAGUACAAAAGAAGUCAUUUAUUUGAGUAAAUCUCGGUUUCAUACCUUACAGAAACCAAUUUUCUCCAGUUCUGUACCGUUUCUUUGAGUAUCUCUGCCAGCGAAGUUUUAUUAUCGCCUUUUGCUUUCAGAACAACCAUCCGAGCAUCCAGAGAGCUCUCGCUGGAGCCGGAUCCACUGUCGACAGAGUUGUGGUCAGUUUUUUCCCCAUUUUUGCUCGGCCUACAAUAGUUUUCGAGUUUUCCAGGUCGACGAGCUCAUCUUUCACUUCCACAAGCUGCUCAGAUGGGGAUCGGGCCGUGAGCAUCUGCUGAGACAAGAAAACGAGGGGCUCGUCAUGCGAAUCGCGAAUCUCGAAGCGAGAAACGAGUUGCUCAACCGUCGUCUGAACGUCGGCGUCGCCCCGGCCGACGAGGAGCAAUCGGACGAAGUGCCAGCCGAGAAUUUGUCGAAUGGAAAUGAUUAA